AUGACGGAGGACGGGCAGAGGGAGAAGAGGGUUUUCUUGGCUGUCUGCAGGUCCCGAGAGCUGUCUUAUUCUCGUCUUAAAUUCAUCCUCCAGGGAGAUCUAGGUCCUUUCAAUCCCGGUUUGCCAGUGGAAGUACCUGUCUGGUUGGCCAUUAAUCUGAAACAGAGACAAAAAUGUCGGCUGAUACCUCCUGAAUGGAUGGACGUUGAAAAACUGGAGGAAAUCCGGGACCAGGAGCGUAAAGAGGACACCUUCACUCCAAUGCCCAGUCCCUAUUACAUGGAACUCACAAAGCUGCUGUUAAACUAUGCCUCAGACAACAUCCCAAAAGCCGAUGAGAUUCGAACGCUAGUUAAGGAUACCUGGGACACUCGGAUAGCCAAACUGCGGCUGUCUGCGGACAGCUUCGUCAAACAGCAGGAGGCCCAUGCCAAGCUGGAUAACUUAACCUUGAUGGAGAUCAACACAAUUGGGACUUUCCUUACUCAAGCCUUAGAUCACAUGUACAAGCUCCGGACCAACCUUCAGCCUGGUGAGAGUGCCCACUCCCAGGAUUUCUGAGGUAUUUUCCAACCCUGGCCUAAAAUCUCCCCAGAGAGGGCUCUGCUGCUCAGCCAGUAUUCAGGUGUGCAUUAAUCCGGCCAGCCUCACCUCCCUGUAGAGAUCUCCGGAAAUCACUCGAGUCUCGUCUCCUGUCUCUGCUGUAUACAACUCCUUGGUGGUACUUGCACCCAGGCACGCGUUUCCCCCUCUGCUUGUGCGCAGGCGGUGGAGGGCGCAGGCAGCCUCCUGGCUGCAUGUGGAUCACCCCAGAGCUGCCGAUGGCACGGGGGCAUUCCCUGCGUGGUAGCUCCUGAGCUCUGCUCAGCCACGUACCUCCUGAGCAACGCAGACAAUCGUCCCUGGCAGAACUCUCCCUGCUUCGGUGCGGCCGUCGUUCUAAGACAAAUUGGCUGUGGCAGCUCAGUGCUGUUGGGAGUCCUUGUUGUUAACACGUUCCUGCUUUCUUGGA